GCAACCAGUCUGGGAGGAGGUCAACAGGAAUCACCCGGGAACCAGCAAGCACAUCCAACGCACUUGUUCGUGGACAACCGAACAUUGGAGGCCGAUCAGAGGACCCAAGCCGAUCAGAGACCCGUGGAGGAGUGGCUGUUCAACGGGAUGGGCGCAGGAGCAAACCCUAACAGGAAUCGACCGAGUUUCGGAGAGGCUAGGCAGGAGCAAGUGCAGAUACGAAGAUGGGGACUUAGCUUCGACGGCGAUCCAAAGGGGAUGCCCGUGGCGGAAUUCAUAUUCCGGGUGGAGCAUCUACAGACGUCGUAUCAGGUACCGUGGGCGGAGGUGUUGAAAGCCUUUUACACAUUGGUCAGUGGCCACGCAAGGGAUUGGUACUGGAUGCAUGUGCGGACGGUAGGAAUGCCGGACUGGCCGAAUCUGAGAUAUGGUCUUCAGCAGCAGUUUCAAGUUCGUCGGACAGAGUUCGAGCGAGAGCAAGAGCUCAGGGAACGCCGACAACGCCACGGGGAGUCGGCGGACCAGUACAUCCAGGAGAUGUUGGUGUUGAGGUCGAGAUUGCUAAAUCCGUUCUCGGAUUAUGAUCUAAUAAAGAUCAUAAAGAUCAAUAUUAGGGAUGCAAUUUCGAGGGUGAUUUAUCCAAUGCAGAUACCAAAUCUCCAGAAGCUGCGAGAAGAGUGUGCGGACGCCGAGAAACUGCUGGCGACGCGAUGGACAAGGAGCGGUCCAGACCAUGGGGGUAGUAGGCGCAGGGAAGAUCACAAAGUACAUGAAUUGGAUGCGAACACUCACGACCCGGAGGAACAGACCGAGGCAUUGGAUGCUGUCCAUAGGACGAGGGAAUCCGGAGGCGACCGCACCCAGCUGAAGUGCUGGAAUUGCGCUCAGCCGGGUCACACCUAUUUUGAGUGUGAGUCGGCCGUGCGUAACCUGUUCUGCUACAAGUGCGGGCUGGCCGGGGUCAUUCUCCCUAAAUGCCCUAAAUGUCGGCCGGGAAACGCGAAAAGGAGCACGACGCAAUUGGAGGAGUCGAGUUCCACGUCGCCGCGAAGCAGCCAAUAGAUAGGUCCUCCAACGUUAAAUUAGAUACCCCU